CUCUUUCCAUUUAUCCUGUCUCCCCUGUUUAUGUUUGCCUAGAAGCUCUUCAUAGAUUCUAUCCGGUCUUUGAGCAACCGUUUCCAACUUCCAACAAGGGAUGGAGGAAGCUUCUCAGUCAGCUGAAAUUGAAUCAAGUUGCGAUGUAUCAAUUACCAUACAAAACGGCCGCGCAAGCAAGGAGCAGAAAAUCCUCACGGUGUCUCCCCAGCUACUUGAGGGGAUGGCAGAAAUUUCUCAAUUAGCUAAAACUGAAAAAAGUUGCCAUUUAUCAAUUGCUAUACAAAACGACCGCACAAGCAUAAAGCAGAAGCUGAGUUUGCCUUGGACAAUGCCAGAGCAGAAAAUCCUCAGAGUUCCUCACCAGCUACUCGAGGUGUUCAAAAGGAAUAUGCCAGGGCUCAGGGUUGACAGAACUUAUGAUGCCAAUUCCAUGGAACAUGUCAAUCAUAUAGUACACUUAUUACACUCCAAUUGGCAUCCUUCAGACAAAGCAAUGAAUGAAUACCGUGUGAAGCCAAAAGAUGAGAAUUGGACAUACAUACGUUCGGCUACAGAACUAAGAGAGGCAGGAAUUAAGUUCGAAAUGGUUGAGACAGAAGGGAAGGAUGAAAGGUGCUUAUUUGAUAUCAAGUUUGAAAAAGGGAUACUAGAGAUGCCAAAAUUGACCAUUGAGGAUGACACGGAGAGUUUGUAUCGUAACCUCAUUGCCUGUGAACAGUUUGACCAUAGGCAUCCAAAAUUCUUAGCUCAAUAUGUUAGACUCAUGGAUUCCCUAAUCAACUCAGGGAAGGAUGUGGAGUUACUUUGUAAGAGUGGGGUAAUUGAUAAUUGGUUAGGCAAUGAUGAAUCAGUUGCGGUAUUGUUCAACAGGCUCGGAGAUCAUGUUGGUUUCUCCAAAGAAAAAUUCUUUUAUGCCCAGUUAUUUAAGGAUGUCAACAAGCAUUACAAGACACCCUGGAAUGCAUGGAAGGCAAACUUAAGGCACAAGUAUUUCAACACUCCGUGGGCUCUUAUCUCCUUUCUUGCUGCAACUUUGUUGCUUCUACUUACGGUGCUACAAACUUCAUUUACGAUCUUACCUCAUCAAUCUUGAAAUUUCAAAGUGCAAGCAACCCAAGAUCAAAUGGUAUGACCAAAUGUGUGAGAAAUGCAGAUGUUACAUAGACUAGUAGAAAAGGUUUGCUCCAUUUGUCUUGUGUAAUUACCGUAUUGUAUUGUACUGUAUUUUCCAUUUUAAGGUUUGUUUUGUUGGGUUUCUUUAAGCUUGUAAGUUACUGUAUUGUAAGUUAUCGUCUUGUAUUAUAUGGCACUAUAUUGUUUUUUUAUACCUAUAAAAUAGGAAUUAAAUC